AUGUCGAAUAUUCGGGGAGAAGCCGGGAAAGGAGGCAAUUAUUCAGCUCAAUUCUUUUGUCAGAAAUGCAACCUGCCACUGAAGUUGGAUUCGAGUUUCUGUUCUGGGGAGAUGGAGACGUUGAGAGAAUUAUUCAGAGAACUGACAGAACCUUUGUCCACAAUAUCAGACAUGGAAGAGAGUAUUCAAAUCAUACGACAUGAAGAAUUUGAGGAGGCGGAUGACUUCAGACGAAUAGUGGUUCCAAGAAGCGGGUUUGAAGAGUCUAAUGAUUUCACUCUAGUUGAUCAUCUUGGACCUGGCAGUAUGGACUCCAUGAGUAUACGCUCAAGGGUGACAGGGCAGUUGUUUGAUUUGAUGUCUGGACAGUCGGACAUUGACCACCCAUUAUGUGAGGAGUGUACCGACCAUUUACUGGACAGUCUGGAUCAUCAGCUGAAGAUUGUGGAAGAUGAAAGCAAGGAGUAUAGAGAGUUCCUGGACAGGCUAGGGUAUUCUGAAGAUGUCAUCAACGAGCCAGAGCUGGAUGAGGAGUUGAGACAGUUGAUGCAAGAGGAGAAGAUGCUGCAGCAGGAACUGGCUCAAGCUGAGAGAGAUCGAAUGAAGAUAGCCGAGGCCAUGGCAGCAGAGAAAGAGAAGGCCAAGAAGUUGGAUGAGGAGGAGGAGAAAUACUGGCAAGAGUUCAAUGACCAGAGCCGUGUUGCCAUAGAAUUGGAGGAUGAACAGAAAAGUGUGGACAACCAGCUCAAGUACGCACAGGCACAGCUGGACAGACUCAAGAAGACAAACGUCUUCAAUGCUACCUUCCAUAUAUGGCAUGAUGAAGAAUUUGGCACGAUCAAUGAUUUUCGUCUCGGAAGACUUCCUGCGAAGCCGGUUGAGUGGAAUGAGAUCAAUGCUGCUUGGGGCCAGGUUGUACUCCUCUUGGUGUCUCUU